AUGUCGACUACGUGGGAGUUUCUGGAGCCUUGGCGCUCUGUAUUGCGCGACAAUUCAAGAGAAGGAUCUGCGCACGUCUCCGAAUCGGUUCUCGAAGUGGCGUUUGUCGUUCCAGGCCGGCACCCAUUGGCUGAAGGGAAAAGCAUUUACCUUGAAAUUUCGGGAGACCAGUGCAGUGCGCAAGCUUCGAGGAGGCUACAGCAGCUUCGGGAGGACAUGGAGCUGUUCACACUGCUCUCGGUUGUGGACAAUGAAGCAUGCAAUAAGCUCGUUUUCGCGGGAACUGCAACCCCGUCCGUUUACUUUCCAGAAUGGGAGUUCCGACUCGCUGAGAGUUCGUCGUCAAAGAUACCCCAGAUUCCAGUCACGUGGGGCGCUUUGCUCGGGUUUUCGGAUGGUUCGUGGGGGUAUUCGCCUGGGUUUCUUGCAGCUGUCCAAAACCUAGAGGCAAUGGGAGUGGACCCGUAUAUUAAAACGAGUGAGGAUGAGCGGUCUGCGAUUUAUUGGACGGCUAGACUAGGAGGAUCAAAAGUAUUUGGCAGGCAGAAGUCCGACGAACCUGCAGACCUAUCGACUUCUCCUCGUGUCCAACUUCGAAGACUAUUCAAUGCCAAUGUUCCUCCAAUUGUGGAGCUGGCUACGGGCUGUGGUGGAGCUCCGCUUGCUGCUCCUUCGAUCCCGCCACUCGUCCCAGAGCUGGCGGUUGCACUGACUAGAACCGCAACACAAUACCUUUCACUGGACCUCGAAAAUGCUACGAUUAAUUCACACCAAGCCAUGGUGAAUGCUGGUCUUUUGCUGAGCACGUUGAUAUGGAAUUCCAGUAAGAGUUCGAGAACUAGACCUAUGAUGCUCUGGGUCGCUGAUCUUUCAACGGAGGCAGAUGUGACAUACAAUUCAGUAAGCUCGGAGCGAUGGCCCUGGCUGAUAUACGCGUUGUGCUGUGGAUCUUCAGACACCAUUGUCACGGUAGUCACGAUUUCGGUGAACAACUAUCCUCUCCCAAUCUUAGAAGCGAAUGGAAGGGGCUCCCACGCGUACGGGUUUGUGGACAUUCGAGAAGGGACCGAGCUGUAUCCAUCUGGAGUAAAUGAUGGCAGUGGCAAUAGCUUUGUUUUAUCUAGAGCCCGUCCCUUCCGAGCACUCUACGACCCAACAUAUAAUGGAUCCUGGGUCAACUUCGUCGUCCCUGGAUACGGAAUGUGCCAUGCGAAACUUGAACAUGGCGUGAAAUUUACACCCGAUCCUGAGGAUCCAGUUUGCAGAGAGAGACGAAUUAGCGGGUCGCUGGCACUAAACUUUGUCACGUUCGAGACCCCUGCUGUGCUGAUGGAGUUGCUGACGCUGGUAACCCGCGGCCUGCGUUCGUUAAGACUACUUGCUAACGACGACGCUGCAGCGUCGAUGGGUAUCGAUCUAUCCGCGCUGUCUUCGGCAUGUCCCGGUCUUCAACAUUUGUCGAUUACAAAAUAUGGUGUAGUGGUGUCUGACCACGGCGGGUCUUUACGUCGUUGGCCUAUCAAGACGAUCGCCUUACGAGAAUACUUGUCUGACUUGAUCGGAUGCUUGAGGGACACCACGCUACGAAUGGCUCGAUCGUCAAGGUUGAAGUGA